AUGACAGAAUAUAAGUCGAAUUUAGUGAGAAACUUAUACACAUUCACUUGUCAAAAUUUCAAAAACAAACGUGAAAUAGUUGACGUGCCAACGUCAUCUACCGAUCACUGCUUUAACUGUUCUGCGCGUCUUGUUGCAUGGCGGACCUUCUUGUUCGUCAAACAAAUUUCAUGUUUACGUUUUAAUAUUGCUUUUGUAAUACGCAAUGAAUCUCUUUUGUUUAUGAAUAGUAGUAGAAGUGUACUUGCCAGUAGAACCUUACCAUGGAUUCUGAAUCUUAGUGCUUCAAAAAUGCCGGAAAAUUCACGGGGGAAGAGAUGGAGAGCUACGAGGCUUCAUCGUUUACUGUCAGCUGCCAAAAUGGGCCUGAAUUUCAGUAUUUUUGCAGCCCUACUCAUGGUCAUUUCCGCGUCAACCACUAUUAGUGCCAUCCACAGUUGUAACAGGGGAAGGUUCAUUGUGAAUUCUACUUGGGGUGCCAUCACAAAUGGGCCUGAAAAUUACCGUGAAGACAGUUACUGUGUUUGGCUCAUCGAAGCUCAACACCCAGGGCAGUAUAUUACACUCACAUUCCAUUCCCUCCAGACAGAGUGUGCAUAUGAUCAUGUAUUUGUCUAUGACGGAGACUCUGUCUUGUCGCCAAUGAAAGGUAGCUUCAGUGGACGGGGUCUACCUCCACCUGUCAUUGCCAAAUCUGGCUCGAUGGUGGUUUUAUUGUACAGCGAUACAAACUAUGUAUUGGAGGGUUUCUCUGCUGAAUACUCUGUAACCGACUGUCCUCUCAACUGUUCCAAUCAUGGGCAUUGUGUCAAUCAUACAUGUGUGUGUGAAGUGGCUUUUGUAGGCGAAGCAUGUGAAUACGAAGCCUGUCCGGACCAGUGUGGCUUUACCGAAAGCAGAGGAUGGUGCGAGAAAAUUGACGGAGUUUACCAGUGUGUGUGCAAUCAAGGAUACAUGGGACUAGACUGUGGCCUGGAUACGAAAUCAACCUUAGGGAAUUCGUGGCAUCUUCUCGGUCGUGGAAGCCAAGCGAUGCAACGGACAGCUCACGGCGGUGUCUACCUCAAGAAUUUGAACAAGUUCAUUGUAUUUGGCGGUUUUGAUUUGAACGUUCCGCUUGGAGACCUACUGUCAUUUGAUAUGAAUUCUUCAAAGUGGACUAAUUUGAGCGCUUUAGCAUUUGAUCAGAGCCAUGUUAAUGUUUCGGAAUUUAUCCAAAAUGACGAACCGCAAUUGGAAGCCAUUACACCCAGAGCACGCUACGGCCAUGCUAUGGGAGCGUUAGAUGACGGCUUCGUUCUCUAUGGAGGCCAGUUAGCUGAGGGAAGUCUCUCAGACGAAUUUUUCUACUAUGAUGCCAGCAAAAAUGUGUGGACUGUGUUAGCAGACAAAAGUCAAGUGCAACCUCCUCCGUUAACUCGUCAUACCCUUUGCGUGGUGAACAACUCAUUAGUUUACAUAUUCGGUGGCAGCAUGGCAAAUGGGGAAUUCUCUUCCAGGCUAUUUCGCAUACAGAUAAACACAUCAGAUCUUGGCAAUGAGGAAUGGGAGGAAGUAGAACCUAGAGGUGGGAAACAGCACGAUAUCCGUCUAGUCGGCCACAGCAUGGUAUACCACCUUGAAAGCCACUCGCUCAUAGUUUACGGUGGAAUUUUGGCGGAUGCUGCUCGUUUUUCCAAGUUGAGCGAUCGUCUUUUCAUUUUUAACUUGGAACAACUUCACUGGGCUGAACUGCUUUACCCCCGUGGAACUUUGCCCGACCUUCACAUCCCUCUCGAGCGCGCCUUUCACGGUGCUGUUCUUAUGGGUUCGUACAUGGUGGUUUUUGGCGGAUAUACUCAUAAACAUAACCGCGAAGAAAUAUGUUACGAUUCAGGGUUGUAUUUCUACCAUUUGGGCUGCCACACGUGGGUCAGCCACCAUGUGUUGGACCACGGAAACGACGGAAUGGGAAAGGAUCUAUUAUCUCCGAAAGGUGUUUUCAGUUUCGCCUCAGCUGUAAAAGAAGACAACGUUUUCCUGAUCUUUGGUGGCUAUCGCGGUUCCGUUUCCGGUGACAUGCUAGCUUAUGUCGUGCCUUUGGAGAUGGUUGGGAGUCGUAACGGUCAACCAAACAGCUCCAAUUGCCAGCGACAUCCAUCACAGCUGAGCUGCACUGCCAAUCCUGAAUGCGGUUGGUGUCCAGCUGACGGAGUUUGCUAUCAGCGGACAUCUGGAGCCAAUUGUACCAGUAACUUGCAAACAACACAAUGCCCUGGAAUCUGUCCAGCACUAGCCGACUGUUACGCUUGUACUGUGCACGGUAACGCGUUGACAGCUGGUAGUGCGGAUUCUACGAAACUGGGCCAGUGCGCCUGGUGCGUCCAGACAGCUCGAUGUCACCGUCGUGAUGAUAAUAUGGGUGUCUGUGGAGCUGGAAUGGAAACUCCGUCCGGCGUCGUCGGUUGGUGGGGAAGUGAAGGCACGGACAUCACAGCAGUGGACGAAUGCCGAACCAGGGAUUUCCGACCCGGUCUUACCUAUCUUCUCUACGAACAUCCAGCAAAUUUUUCGCAACCAGAUGAAGUUGGUGUUGUCAAUUCGACAUUAGCAAAUUUCCAACCGCACUCAAGAAUUUAUUUGCAACCACGAGAUCAUGCAACUUCCGCUGGAGGAACUGGAGGAGGUACCAUGGUAGCUCGGAUGCUCGGAUUCAUCCAUCCACUUGCAAAUAAAGCGCGGCCAUUAAACGACUACCAGCAGGAGUUUAAAAUCAUGAUGGAUUCCUCUUACGCAUCUUCGGUUUUGCGUAUUUCGCUGGAUGAAUCAGCCGAACGGUUAGAGGUUGUGGCUUCCAUGACGGUAAACGACACCAACACCAGUCGUGUAGAAGCUAUUCGACCGGAUAAGACUCCAAUUUUCCCCGAUCCUAGUCGUGGACGAAAGUACAUGAUGGAAUUUACAGCGAAUCGUUCGCUAAUCGGUGUAGCAGGUGCUGACGAUCACAUGGAUACGCAAAGAGAGAUCUCGAGCAUGCAACUCGUCUGGAACGGCAAAUCGAAUUACAGAAAGAUGUUCACCUUCGAGUACGUGGAACCGUACAGCAAUGGCUCCUGUCACUUGUACACCAAUUGCAUGCAGUGUCUAUCAGAUUCAUUGUGCGGCUGGUGCGAGCCUAGCCGUCACUGUCUGUCCAGGAUCGGAUCCAACGCAACGGAAUCCGAUGAACCAUCGCAAUGUUAUUUGGAUGCGAAAAAGACAACAACCGCCUUCCUGACUCUGAAUCCACCACAGUGUAUCAAUUGUUCAAAUCACAUUUCGUGCCAUCAGUGUGUGGUAGACAGUUCGUGCGAAUGGCUGGUAGAUGAAGCCUAUUGCACGCGACGUGGAAGAUUUGCUGGUGCUGUACAAGCAGCAGGAGAAUGUCCGGUGCCUUGUAACGAACGAAAGGGAUGUUCUUCAUGUUUGGGCGAACCGGGUCGUUGCACUUGGUGUGAAGAGACGCAAACAUGUUUUGUUUUCUCCAGUUAUAUAGUGGUUUAUCAAUUCGGAAUGUGUCGGGAGUGGGUCGAUGUUGAAGCACAGUCACAUUUGGACGGAGGAGUGCUGUCUGGCCGGACAUCUCUACGGGGGGAUAUCGGUGGUCUCCCCGAAUCGAUGAUGAUGGUUGGAACUGGGAAAUCACUAUCAUCCGUCAACGGCAGCCGCAACGGAAUCAGCGCUGGGCGUUGUAAAUCGUGCGAAAGGAAACAGAGCUGUUCCAGCUGUUUGGUUGAUUUGGGCUGCGGUUGGUGUUACUAUAGCAACAACCCCAUGAUUGGCGUCUGUAAAACUGGAGAUUUCCAUUCACCCGCUGCUGGUAAUUGCUCGGUUUUGUUGGGUGAUACACCAUCACCACCAUCGUCUUUGCUGAUGGCGCCACACGAUCACAGCCAUCCUGUUUGGAAUUGGGCCUAUGCCCAGUGUCCCGACGUCGAUGAAUGCUCUUUAGGCCAACACGAUUGCCAUCCCGACGCAGCUUGUCUCAAUACUCCGGGCUCCUAUCUUUGUGCGUGUAAGAAAGGCUAUAUCGGCGAUGGGAAAACGUUUUGUGAACGCACCUGUUUUGAGGAUUGCGUUCAUGGCCGUUGUUCUGGCCCACCCGAUUUUCAGUGCGAAUGCGAGCUCGGUUGGACCGGUUCAGAUUGCCAAGAAGACUGUGGUUGUUUUGGUCAUUCAACAUGUUAUCAAGGGAUUGGCACAUGUGAUCAUUGCCAAGACCUGACUGAUGGUAUGAACUGUGAGCUAUGCAGGGCUGGUAGCUACGGUAAUGCCACUACUUCAGAGGGCUGUCAACUUUGUCAGUGCAAUGGUCAUGCCAAUGGGACUGCUGGGAUCUGUAAUCCAACAACAGGCCAGUGUUACUGUCAGGACGAGACUGAAGGGAAUAAAUGCGAAUUGUGCAAACCUGGUUAUUACGGUGAUCCACGUCAUGGCGGUACCUGCUAUCGUCAAUGUUCGUCUCGUGGAAUCCUUUCUUCUAUCACUAACGGCAGCUUGGGGAGUUACUCGGCACCCGACAGUCGCAACAUUUAUCGCCAUUCCAAGAACGAGAUGGAAGUGCAAGAUUGCGUUUGGGUUCUCAACACGCACAAUUCCGUCAGAGGAGUGACGGUCGGAUUAGGAGGAGACGGACCCAAAGCUAAAGAAGCUAUUAUCCAGCUGACGAUCCAUCAAGGAGCUCGUAUAUUAUGUCCCACGAAUUACGUCUACGUUUAUGACGGCCUGCCCGAUUUCAUGUCCCUGGAAAAUGGAUGGACAAGACAAAAUCACUUGCUUGGAGCUUACUGCUCACCGCAAACGGUCUUCCCGCUCAACGUCCAUGCCCAUUCAGGCAUUAUGACCAUAUUUUAUCGAAGGAAUGACGUCAAGCAGGGGUUUAAUGCAUCUUUUACUGUACUUUCCUGCCCUGCUAACUGCCUCCCACCUCGCCAGUGUGUUGCUGGUAAAUGCAGUUGCCCGUCUGGCUGGGUUGGUACAGACUGCGAAGGACAAGUUUGCCCAAACGAUUGCUUCUCUCAGCUCGACCAUGGAAAGUGCGACAUGAGCGCCGGUCGCUGUCUCUGCCAGAAAGGCUUCGCUGGUGCCGAUUGUAGCCAAGCUCGACGCCGUUCUUCCAUCGUCGUUACAGAGUUGAUCGACCCUCACAAACUGACGGAAGGUCUGGAGCAUUUGAAAACAGUGCUGCCCAGAUUGGGUCAUAGUCUGGCCGUCGAUCAUCGCGGUUCACUUUGGCUUUUCGGGGGCUACUCCAUGUCGCGCGGACCGUUGAAUGAUAUACGAGAAUUUGAAACGAAGAAUCUCACAUGGCUUCAGGUAACUGUUCAUAUUCAGCCGGGCGUGGGGGGUGGAGAGUCAUCUCUUCCACCUGAACGUUAUUUCCAUUCUGCCGAGUACGUCAACUCGCAACGAAGUCUUUACGUUUAUGGUGGCAUGGGUCAUCGCGAUCGUGCCUCCAGCGCUUUCCUCUCGGAUUUUUGGAAGUUCGACAUCAAUUCAAGACGUUGGAUGGAAAUCGGAACGCGUGGCGUCGUCCCUCCGCUAGCAGGGCACACGUUGUCGUUGAGACAUGACGGUGAACACCAAACACUGCUACUAGUAGGCGGAUUCAGUCCGGAAUAUGGUUUUAUGGAGAAAGUGAUGGAAUUCAGUCCUGAAAAUGGUACUUGGACUGUCCUGAAUACAACUGGAACACCACCCAUUGGAAUUUACGGACAUAGCGCAGUGUUCCACGUCUCGACGCGGAGCCUCUACAUCUACGGCGGAAUGCUGUACAAAGUGGAUAAAGUUGUCCCGUCCAACGAAUUGUACGCUCUUCAUUUCCCCAGUCGACGCUGGUCGUUGCUGACUGUCGACCGGGAUUCGAAUCCGCCCGAACUUGCGAUGCCUCGUGCCCGUUAUCUGCACGCCGCCGUCACCACAGAAGACUACAUGCUCAUCAUCGGCGGCCAAACGGAGCCAACCAAUAGCUCGGACACUCUAAUGGCCUACUCGUACGCUUGCAACACCUGGAUCAAUCUCGCCCAGCAGAAGAACAACGCCGUCGAGCUCAUCGGCAGCCCAUUGGCUCCGGCCGUAGGUCUGGCUGCAACUCGACAUCCAGCCAGCGGCUCGGUUUAUAUCAUGGGAGGAAUGUGGGCGGGUGCGGCCCAAGGAACGCUCAUCAAACUUGAAGUGCCGGACGACCUCUGCGCACUGUGGAGCAAUAGCAAGCUGAAAUGUAAAGCCACUCCGGGCUGUUCUUAUUGCGCCGUCUACGAGCCAUCCGGAUCCAAUGCCACUUUUUGCUACUCGACAUCAAAGAUAUCGCCGGAACGCUGCACUCAACCUCAAGGAGUCCUCGAAUUCUCCAAAGGAGCUGCCUGUGGGCCGGAGCGCGUGGCCAGUAGAGAUUGCUAUCAGCACGCUUCUUGCAGCGAAUGUCUUGGCGAAUGGCCCAUCUACCGUGGACUGCCACAAUCUUGCCAAUGGUGCACCAACUGUAAAUCGGGACGUUGUGUACCUUACGGGGCCGACUGCCAGGAAGAGAAUCGAUGCGAAGUCAAACAGCGUGAUACGGUCGAUGCCGCCCAGUGCCACGAAAGAUCUUGCCCAGCUUCCGAUUGUGAUAAAUGUAAAGAUUUGGGACGAUGCAUGUGGACCCGUCAGGUUGUUCGAACUAGCGAAUUAAGUCGCAAAUUGCAUACUCUACCAAUCUAUGAAUGGAAUUGCGUUGGCCGUAACAUCAAAGACAGUUCUUCAUUCUUGGUGGUUAGCAUGCCACCACAGCAGUGUCCUCUUCGUUGCUAUCAACAUAAUGGCUGUAGAGAGUGCCUGGAAUCCACCGGUGGCGAAGGUGGUUGGCACGAAUGUCGAUGGUCUACAGCACUUGGUCAAUGCGUGGCACCCAGUUAUCAGUCGCUGCAAUGCGUGGGGGGAAUGUGUGGUGCUAUUUUACAAGGAUCCGCCAAUUCAGCCUGCCCCAGACCUUGUUCCCAGUUCACGCAAUGUUCCACUUGUCAUCAGCAACCUCACUGUGGUUGGUGUUCAUUAGAUUCCGCACCUGUUGGAGGCAUCGGGUUGUGCAGCCGUGGUACACUAGAAGGUCCGCUAGAUGGUUCUUGUUCAUCACUGGACUACACGCGCGUUCUCGAUCGGAUUAAUGUGACGGCCAUCACACAACAACGUAAACCGUCUCAGAGCAAAUUAGCAUCAUCGGCUUCGCUUCUGGAGAAAGCUACUACAUGGAACUACCAAAGUUGUCCGGCAGAAAACGAAUGCCUUAACGGCCAUCAUUCUUGCGAUGCCCGUUCGGAACGAUGCCUUGACCGUCCUGACGGAUUCGAGUGUCUUUGCUCAGAUGGUUACGUCUCGGAAAAUCAAAUUUGCCGGCCAGUGUGCCCUCAGGGAUGCGUCCAUGGAGAUUGUCUCGAACCGAACGUGUGUCGCUGCCAUUUUGGUUUUGUUGGUGCUAAUUGUAGUACCCAAUGCAAGUGUAACGGGCAUUCAGAAUGUGCUGGACCAGAAGCGGAUCAGUUGGAUGUUUGCCUUGAUUGCCUCAAUAACACCAUGGGCCCACAGUGCACGCGUUGCCGACCGCUCUUUGUUGGCGAUCCGCGUAACAAUGGCCAAUGCAUCUCUUGUCUGGAAUACUGUAAUGGCCACACACCCAUCUGCCACGGACAUAAUUUAUCUUUAUCUAAUCUAUCCCCGCAAACCACGAGCGAAUUGUUCUUACUGCAAUCGGCUGGCUGGAGUAAGACGGCCGAGGCCGCUUGGGUGCGUCUCAUCGGCGAAGGUCCAAAAACGCAAGCCAUUUGUCACGCCUGCUCCAACUCGACCAUGGGAGAAAAAUGCGAAGAAUGCAUUCCUGGCAAUUUUAGGGGCGUCGAGGACCGCAGAAAGCCAUGUCGUCCGUGUGAGUGUCACGGCCACGGUGACAUUUGCCAUCCAGUGACAGGAGAAUCGUGCAACUGUCAAAACAAUACGGAAUCCGACCCUCAAUGUCGAAGUGGCACUUCAUUCGCAAGUUUAGGUCUACCCGGAAGAUCAUUGUCCGGUGGAUCACCAGGUUUACUUCCUACACCAAUACCUUGCUGGUCGCUUCAGUGUGACAAAUGCAAAGAAUAUUACCUGGGCACCCCGACGCAGGGGCAUCAAUGUUACCGUCAAAUGUCCGUCGACACCGAAUACUGUCUCGAUCCUGAAACUCAAGAAGAAUGCAACCGGAAGCCGACGCCGCUUCAUACUCGACGUCCCGUCUUUUUCGCAAUUCAACCCAAGUUCCUAAACGUCGAUAUUCGGUUGCUAGUCGAUGUGGCCCAAGGUGGCGUUGACUUGUUUUUCGCACCUCGCGACGACAUGUUCAUCGUCCGACAAGAUCCCUUACAUCCUAAUGGCCAUCGCGUUGAAUUGGAUCCAAAAUACAUCAUCAUCACUGGUUCGCUGGCUUUCGAUCACAGUGGCCAACCUUUGGUCCAGCAUCCCAAUACGUCCAUUCCGGUGGAACGAUUGGUGAACAACACUUCGGACCGCUACACCUUGUCGUACCACAUUGUAGAGAAGAUGGCCAGCGGGUUGACGACGUUUUUGACAGUAACGGAUCCGUUUAGUGUCGUCAUCGUCCGAGGUCUGCAGAAUCGGCUCGUCUUGACCUUGCCCCAAGACCGACACGAUCUCCGCUCGACGCGCUUUUACAUCCUCAUCCAGGGAGUGGGCAGCUCGUCAACAGAAGCCACUCUGGGCUCUCUCUUUUUCCGACAAGAUCAACCGCGAAUCGACCUUUUUGUCUUCUUCUCCGUUUUCUUCUCCUGUUUCUUCCUGUUCUUGGCCGUCUCCGUAGUUGCAUGGAAAGCCAAACAAGCUAUCGAAGGCCGACGGGCCCGCGAAAGGCAAGCUGUUGAGAUGGAGCACAUGGCUCGACGUCCGUUCGCUACCGUUUCUGUUUUUCUUGAAGCCACGUUACGUGGCCAAAAGCGAUUACGAGACGGCAAACGUGCUGGGCAGAAUGUCGGACUUCAAGUUCAUCACACGACGCUAACAGCUCAACUAUGCUCUCCCCUGCGGUGGAAGCGGAGGAGUGCCUCGCGGCCAGAUCAUCACUCGCAAGUGCAUCAUGAGUUCCACGGGGCAAGCGUUCUGACCGAACAAGACUCGGUCGGACGUUUGGCUGGUGCAAACAUAGGACUCCAACCUCGCCAUAUAGAUAUCCGUCCGUUAGCUGUGGAACCGACAGCUGACGGGGUUGCAGCCAUUGCCACACUCAUCGUCCAGCUUCCUGGUGGUAGACUUGCACGUACUCAGCUGACAUUGGCAUCCGCUUUGGUUCUUCCGCCACGUAAUCGAUCGAAUUAUCCGACCACGGAAUUUUAAAGAUAAGUUUUGCUUUUCUGUUUUUAUUAUUUUUCUUUAACUUAAUCGUCGUGUCUGACAACUGUUUAUAUUUGAAUAAUUUUUCGACUCAUUUUUCCUCCGUAUUACCUCGCGUUUUUCUGUGUGUUUUCUCUCCGUUGUAUUUUGUAAUUUAUCCGAACAAGUAUGAUGUACAAAUACGGUCUCGUCGACGUAUUUCAUGUGCAAAUUGCUACAAUGACGUAGCAGCUAAUUUCCCCUUAACCGCCAGUAAAACAUGACGAAUUUUCUUUUUUUACCAAUUCAUGUGAUAUAUCACGGGCCAUAAUUGAUAUUGUACUGCUGAUUAGGCACAAUAAGUUCCUCUGUUUGGCAAGCGUACCACCGUUCCGUUGCGACCUACCGUUUUAUGUAAUACUUUCUCCCUUUCUAUUUUUUUACGAUAAACGUCAAAACAAAAGAAAAAAAAUUACAAAAAGUGUAUAUAUUCAAAAAAGUGAAUAAAUACAUUUUUUUCCCACCGAAAACUAGAAAAAAU